AUGCUCGCCCAGUUUCUGCCGAUCGCGGCGCUGCUCGCCUUCGUUGAAGCCCAUGCGGUGAUUCUGGACGCCCAAGGCGAAAGCGGGUCGCCCCCAUCUGUUGGCUUUCAAGUAAACGCCGCGAUCGCGAGGAACUGCACGACAAUCAACCCUUGCCAGAUGGACACGACCAUCAUCCGUGAUGCCGAGAUUGCCGCGGGGACCGUCAACAGCUGCGGACGCACCAAGCUCACCGGCAACAUCGACGUUGGCGAGGCUACGGAGAACGCGCUGGCGGCUAACGGCGUGACCAAGGUGAAGGCGGGCACCGAGAUACAGGUCACCAUCCACCAGGUCAAUGCCGAUGGUGCCGGCCCUUACUUCUGCGACCUCGACGAGACCAGCAACACCGGCAUCUUCAGCCACAACCUGUCCGUCACCAACAACAUCCCCGGCGCGAACGGUUUGUCGCAAGCCAAGGCUCAGGACUUCAACAUCACCGUCACCAUGCCCCAGAAUUUCACGUGCAUUGGCGGCUCGACAGGCAACAUCUGCACCGUUCGGUGCCGCAACAACGCCCAAGCCGGUCCGUUUGGCGGCUGCUUCGCCGUGCAACAGACCGACACCAAGCCCAACGACAACAGGCCCAACAACAUCAAGACGAGCGAGACGCUCGAGCACAUCAACUCGGAGGUCGCCAGCAACCAGGCCGCGCUCCCGGCGGCCGUCAAGGCCAACCAGGAUGCCGGCGGCACCGAGCAGGAGCAGAACCUCGCGGCGGUCAACGCCAUCCUCGGCCUGACAAGCUCGAGCGCGUUGGCCGACUUCCCGACACAGACGCCAAGCGUGGAGCUUGGAGGCGCACCCGCCGCGACCGCGACAGCCGUGCCGACAACGGGAACGGGAACGGGAGCGAACAAUGGUGGUGGCCGUGGUGGGAACCGUAACGGUUUCGGGAACGGCUUUGGGAACGGCAACGGAAACGCGAAUGGCGGUGCCCAGAAUGGCAAUGGCAAUGGCAGGAACGGGUUCGGGAACGGGGCGAACCGCUUUGGCAAUGGCAACGGCAAUGCAGCGGGCAAUGGCAACGCCGCCAACUAA